AUGUACUGCCAGAACCGGGCUUUCCAGAGCCUUGUUCAACACAAUGUGGAAGUCAUUGAGACUCCAGAUCGUGGUUGUGGCGUGCGCAGUAAUCAGUGUUUUGAGCCCGGCCAGCUUAUAUUGAAAUAUACAGGAGAAGUUGUCACAAGGGCUGAAUGUGAGCGCCGUAUGAAGCAAGAGUACAAGAAUACCCAAUGCUAUUAUUUCAUGGCUUUUGAUCAGAAUCUAAUUAUUGAUGCCACCAAUGGCAACAUAGCUAGAUUCGUAAACCAUUCAUGCGAUCCGAAUUGCCGGAUGGAGAAAUGGAUUGUACGCGGCCUACCGACAAUUGGCCUUUUCGCAGGGAACAAUCGGAUCAUGGCAGGGGAGGAGCUGACGUUUGAUUACGAUUUCGAUCCAUUCUCAACGAAGAAACAGAAGUGUCUAUGUGGAAGCGCAAAUUGCCGUGGCGUUCUU